CCCGUUACAGCCCCCCUCCCUCCGCGCUCCGCAGCCACCAACAUGUCGGCGCCGGCGGCCAAAGUCAGUAAGAAGGAGCUGAACUCCAACCACGAUGGGGCCGACGAGACCUCAGAAAAAGAGCAACAGGAAGCAAUUGAACACAUUGAUGAAGUACAGAAUGAAAUAGACAGACUGAAUGAACAAGCCAGUGAGGAAAUCUUGAAAGUAGAACAGAAAUACAACAAACUCCGCCAGCCGUUCUUCCAGAAGAGGUCAGAGCUGAUCGCCAAAAUCCCCAACUUCUGGGUAACAACAUUUGUCAACCACCCACAAGUAUCUGCACUGCUGGGCGAAGAGGAUGAGGAGGCACUGCAUUACCUGACCAGAGUCGAGGUGACAGAAUUCGAAGACAUCAAAUCAGGUUACAGAAUAGAUUUUUAUUUUGAUGAGAAUCCAUACUUUGAAAAUAAAGUCCUCUCCAAAGAGUUUCACCUCAAUGAAAGUGGAGAUCCAUCUUCAAAAUCAACUGAGAUCAAAUGGAAAUCUGGGAAGGAUCUGACAAAACGUUCCAGCCAGACACAGAAUAAAGCCAGUAGGAAGAGGCAGCAUGAAGAGCCAGAAAGCUUCUUCACCUGGUUCACUGACCACUCUGAUGCAGGGGCUGAUGAGCUAGGAGAAGUCAUCAAGGAUGACAUCUGGCCCAACCCACUGCAGUACUACUUGGUUCCUGAUAUGGAUGAUGAAGAAGGGGAGGGAGAGGAGGAUGAUGAUGAUGAUGAAGAGGAAGAAGGAUUGGAGGAUAUUGAUGAAGAAGGAGAUGAAGAUGAGGGGGAAGAAGAUGAAGAUGAUGAUGAGGGAGAGGAAGGAGAGGAGGAUGAAGGAGAAGAUGACUGAUUGAACACUGAUGGAUUCCAAACCCCCUUUUUACCUUUUUAAUUUUUCUCCAGUCCCUGGGAGCAAGUUGCUGUCUUUUUUUUCUUGUGCUCAGUCGCCUUGUUCUCUUGAGGUCUCUUUUUCUCUCCUUUGCACCAUGGUUCACAAUUUAUUUUGGGGGGAAUACCUUGAGCAGAAUACAGUGGAAGAGAAUCUACCAGUUUCUGUUUCAAGUUCAUUUUUAUCCCUUUCUGUCUCAAAACAAAAAACUGUUUAUGGAAUCAACACACCAUGUUCUGUGGGAAAAAAGAAAACCUUCUGCUCCCUUCACUCUGCUGGAAGCUGAAGAGUGCUAGGCCCCUGUGUAGUAGUGCAUAGAAUCUAGCUUUUUUCCUCCUUUCUCUGUAUAUUGGGCUCAGAGAUUACACUGUGUCUCUAUGUGAAUAUGGACAGUUAGCAUUUACCAACAUGUAUCUGUCUACUCUCUCUUGUUUAAAAAAAAGAAAAAAAAAAAAAAAAAAACAACAGCUGGGGUUCUAGAAGGGCAGGGGGUGGG